CACGCCACAAAGCUUGCACCGCAGAGCUCACAUUGCCCACGCUGUACUAGCUCACUGCUGGGGGGUCCGCGCUGGCCAGCACGAUCUGGCUUCUUGGCCCUCUCAUCGAUCUCACGAAGGCCUCCAGAGAGCCGCGCCCGGACUCCUGCAGGUUCGGACUGCUGAUCGUGGAGGACGACGCGUACUUCUACCAGCAGCACUCCGCCCGCGCGGCCCCGCCGGGGGAGCCCUUGGCGGCAGGGCCGCCGGGCCUGCGCGCCCUGGGCCCCAGCUUCCUGUCGCUCGACGUGGACGGGCGGGUGAUGCGCCUCGACAGCUUCUCCAAGUGGCUGGCGCCGGGCUUCCGCCUGGGCUGGGUCACGGGAGCGCGCCCGUUGGUCGCCAAGUACAGCGCGCUGGCCUACGCGAGCUCGCAGCACGGCUGCAGCCUCAGCAUGAUGCUCGUGGGCAAGGCCCUGCAGUCCUGGGGCAGAGACGGCCUGGACAGGCAUCUGCGCGCCUUGCAGGCGGCGCUGCGCUCGCGCUGCGACGCGCUCCUGGCGGCCGCCGAGGAGCGCCCGGGCGGCCCUCGGCGGCCUUCCGAGGCCCUCGGCGGGGUUCUCGGCGGCCCUCGGCGGCCUUCGGAGGCCUUCGGUGGCCCUCGGAGGCCGUAGGUGGGCCUCAGCGGCCCUCGCCAGCCCUGGCAGCAGCGCGGAGGGCGGCGGCGACGCCUGCGUCCCUCCAGAGGAGCACCUGGGCGACGGCGCCCACGUGUUCCAGCGGCCUCAGGCCGGCAUGUUUCUGUGGGUCAGGCUCGCCCGCUGCCCAGAGAGCACGGAGGCCCUGCUGGACGCCAUGCGCCGGCACCGCGUCGCGGUGCUGCCCGGGUCGGCGUGCGCGGUGGCGCCGCGGCCGCCAGGGCAGGAGGUGCCGUACGUGCGGCUCAGCUUCGCCUUCGGCGAGGAGCACUACGGCGAGGCGCUGGGCCGCUUCGGCGCCCUCGCCGCUGGACUGCCCUGAGCUGCCCGCGCGGCGCGGGCUGCGGGCCUCGGCGCCGCCCCCUCCCACGAGAGGCCGUCCUCGCCUCGAGCUGCGAUCCCCCUCUCCUCCUCCGCCUCCUCCUCUCCUCCUCCUCCUCCUCCUCCUCCUCCGGUCCGAUAUCUGAACGAGGGUGUCCCUGUCCUUGUGCUGCAAUGUAUGCA